CUAUGGCAGUGACCGAAGAGUGGCGGCCAUCUUUGUUGACAGCGGAGUGGGGAGGACGCCGGGAAAAAGAACCUUAAACUUUUACAAUUUUACCUUCACCUGAGGUUCUCCCCGGACAGCUGGCGGUUCUAAUUAGUGCACAGAGUAAUGGGUGACAGUGAUGACGAGUUUGAGAGGAGGCGGCGCGACAAAUUCCGUGGAGAGCGCUCGGACUACAGUGGAGGCGGAAGAGAUAGACGAGAGGACGGGCGGAGGAGCGGCAGGGACGACUGGGGUGACAGGAGCCGAGACGGAUGGGGUCGUGAGAGGGGGUCGUCCCGGAGAGAAUAUGGCCGCGAUUAUGGGGGGGGGCGUACCAGGGACAGGUACUCCCCAUCUCGGCAUGACCUCAGCCCCCCAGUGAAGAGGGUCAGGCAGGACUGGGAUGACAGGAGGUAUGGAGCCUAUGGGGGCGGGGCAGCUCCACCCUCCUAUGGUGCUUAUGCCGCCACUUACGGACAAGACUAUGCACACCCCACAGGCCACGGGGCAGCCGCAGGGAGACUGGACGAGCUUGGCCCCACGCAGCCCCCAAUGAUGAAUUUCAAGGCGUUCAUGGAGCAAUGUGAUGACUCCAUAACAGAGGAGGAGGCGUUGAGGAAGUAUUCAGAUUACAAGCUUGAAUUUAAACGACAACAGCUCAACGAGUUCUUCAUCAACCACAAGGAGGAAGAGUGGUUCAAGGCUAAAUAUCACCCAGAGGAGUGUGUGAAGAGGAAGGAGGAGCAACUGGCUAACUUGAAGCGGCGAAUGUCCACAUUUUCCGAGCUGUACCACGCUGGCCGUCUUGAAACCAUCUCAGUUGACGCCGACCAAUCAGAUCUCUUGUUGAAGCUCCUGGAUUCUGUCGUCAUUAAACUGGAGGGCGGCACCGACCUUGACCUCCAAGUGCUAGACCAGGUGGUGGAAGAGGAGCCCCCAAGCCCCCCAGCCACCCCCGGAGCCCUGGAUGGUGGGGGAGAGGCAGGGGAGGGUGGAACUGCAGGCGAUCAAGAGCAGAAAUUAUUCGUCUUGGGUGAAGACUCCGACGAGGGGGGCGACAACGAGGGGGAGGGGGAGAAGGACCCAGACAGCCCCCUCAAAAUGGACAUGAGCAAUGAACAAAAAGAAUUACAGAAAAAAGCAAAAGAAUAUUUAAAGCAGAAGGGAAGUGACGCAGCAGGGGAAGAACACAAGAGGAAGAGGUCUGACUUCUCCUCUUCCUCCUCCUCCUCUUCCUCCUCCUCUGACUCAGGAGAGGAGGGGAUGGAGGGAGACUUCUCCGAGCCCCCCCCUGGCAUGGAGGGAGGAGGUCUGGAUGGAGAGAAGAAGGAGGAAGAGGAGGGGGAGGAAAAGAAGGAGGAGGAGGAGGAGGAAGAGCAGGAAGAGAACAAGAAAGAAAAUGGGAUUGAAGAUGCCGCGAAAGAAAACGGGGAACCAAUGGAGGAAGAUGGAGGAAACAAGGAAGGAAGCGAAGGAGGAGCAGGAGGAGGAGGAGAGGAGGAGAAGGACAAGGAAGAGGGUGGAGUGAAGGAGGGGGAGGAGGAUGAAGAUGUGGAAUUGAGGCCCAGAGCUCUCCACAAAACGGCUUCCAUUUUUCUCCGCAAUCUUGCUCCGACAAUUACUAAACAAGAAGUGGAGGCCAUGUGUCGAAGGUACAAUGGAUUCUUGAGGGCGGCCAUUGCUGACCCCCAACCAGAGCGCCGCUGGUUCAGGAGGGGGUGGGUGACCUUUAAACGACACGUAAACAUCAAGGACAUCUGCUGGAACCUCAAUAAUAUUCGGCUGCGGGACUGCGAGCUGGGGGCCAUCGUCAACAGGGACCUGAGCCGCAGAAUCCGAACUGUUAACGGUAUCACCUCCCAUCGUUCGGUCGUUAGGGCUGACAUCAAAUUGGCCGCGAAAAUUAUACAGAACCUGGACUCUCGAUGGGGCCUUUGGGCGGAGGAGCCUCCUGCAGUCCUGGAGAACCCGCUGCUAAGUCUGACCUCCUCGUCGAACCCCGUGCUGCGUAACAUCACUGACUACCUGAUAGAGGAGGCCAGCGCGGAGGAGGAGGAGCUGCUGGGGGCCAAUAGUGGUGGUGGCGGUGGCUCGGAGGAGAAGUGCGAGGGGGAGGCCAUCGAGAGGGACCCUAGUUUGAUUAAGGUGCUGGACAGACUGCUCCUGUACCUGCGCAUCAUCCACUCCGUUGACUACUACAACCACUCCGAGUACCCUAACGAGGACGAGAUGCCAAACAGGUGUGGCAUCAUGCACGCCCGCGGUAUCCCCCCGUCCUCCAAGGUCACGUCCCAGGAGGUUCAGGACUACUGCAGGGCCUUCGAGAACAAGAUAGGCUCGUUCUUGCAGCCCCUCACGAGACUCACUGACGACGAGGCGAAGAAGCUGGGUCUGAAGGAGGCGGAGGAGGAGGUGGAGAAGUUCGUACAGUCCAACACACAGGAGGUUGCGAAAGACAAGUGGCAGUGUCCGCUGUGUGGCAAGAAAUUCAAGGGCGCGGAAUACGUACACAAGCACAUACUGGUCAAACACGCCGAGAAGGUCAAGGAGGUGAAGAAGGAGGUGGACUACUUUAACAACUACCUGCGUGACCCCAAACGACCCCAGCUGCCUGAGUACCCUGGUAACAAACAUGGAGGUCGCAAGGAGGACAGACCCGACCCCUAUGUGGCGACCUACCCGCAGCACGUCCCUGAUAAUAGGUACACCGGGUAUGGGGGGAGUUACGGGAGGCAGUACCCAGCCCACACCUACGGCAGUUACUCAGGAACAUACCCUAAAGACUACUAUGGUGCCAGGGGGGACCCAUACGCCAGGGAGUCCUACCCCCGCCCCAGGGUCACCUAUCGCUCCAGGGUUGGUUACAGGGACCUUGAUGCCCCCAAGGAGGACUACUAGGACCCCCUCCCCUCCCUGCACCACCACCACCACCACCACCAUCGGGUCAGGUCACGCCCUUUCAUGACCUCCCGCCCCAUCCAAGACCGCUGCUGAACUUAUUUUGGGGUGUUUUUUUGAUUUUUUAGUCUCUCUCUCUCUCUCUCUCUCUCUCUCUCUCUCUCUCUCUCUCUCUCUCUCUCUCUCUCUCUCUCUCUCUCUCUCUCUCUCUCUCUCUCUCUCUCUCUCUCUCUCUCUCUCUCUCUCAUUUUUUUGUCUUGUUUAUAGUUUGGAAAUUGAGAUAGAGAGAGAGAGAGAGAGAUUUUAUUUUCUGGUUAUUUGUUGGUAUUAUUAUUAUUAUUAUUAUUAUUAUUAUUAUUAUUAUUAUUAUUAUUAUUAUUACUAUUACUAUUACUAUUACUAUUACUACUCCUACUACUACUACUACUACUACAAUUUUUUACAUAACUUUUAAUCGAAGGGAACAAAAAAAACAAAACCAACAAAAAAAAAAGCAAUUAUUCGUAUUUUCACAAAGCAUUCAUACACAAGUAAUUUUUUUUUUCGAUAUUUGUGUCAAUAAAACAAAAAACAAACAAAAAAAACGAAAAAAAGAAAACGACAAAUGAAAGAAAACGUACCAUUUUUCAGUUUAAGAGAGGAGAAUGUUUGUAUGUCCGUAUGUCUGUGUGUCUAAUAUAUUUUUUUUUUCAUUUAAUAUUUUGUCAGUCUUUUCAUUAAUAUCGUGUACGGUGUGUGUGCCCUGGCCUGCUUACAAUAAAUAUGGCAUCCU